ACAACUUCAUUAAACGAAUAAACGAAAAAUCUGAUAUUUCCACCAUCCGCAGCACAUCCAUAAUUAGUCAUGUCGUUCUCAAAUGCCAAAGUUCUGUCUGUAGAACCGCUUAAGAACAGCGACGCUGAGUGGGCCAAACUGGUGAAGCUGACUUACACUGAUUCGAAGAGUCAGACGCGUACUUGGGAGUCGGCUGAGCGUACUACGAGGCCGAAGAACUGCGACAUCGACGGCGUGGGAAUUGUAGCCAUCUUAGAGAAGCCCACUGGUCCUGAGAUUGUGCUUCAGAAACAGUACCGUGCGCCUAUCGAUAAAGUCACCAUCGAGGUCCCGGCAGGCCUCAUUGAUGAAGGCGAAACUGUUGAGGAAGCUGCCAUUCGAGAGCUGAAGGAAGAAACUGGCUAUGUAGCCAAGCCUUCUGAGACAUCACCCAUGAUGUUCAAUGACCCGGGCUUCUGCAACACCAAUCUGCGAAUGGUCCACGUUACCGUUGACAUGAGCCUGCCUGAGAAUCAAAAUCUCCAGCCAGAGUUAGAAGAGGACGAGUUCAUCGAGGUCUUCCUCGUCCCGCUUACCAAGCUAUACGAAGAAUGCAAGAGGUUCGAAGCAGAGGGUUACGCAAUAGACGCGCGAGUGGGCACAUUUGCAGAAGGGAUAGAAUGUGCUAAGCAGUUCAAGCUAUGGGUUUAGUAAAUCCUUGAUUUAUAAGCCUUUAGGUGGACCCAGUGCCGAAGGCAGAGGUGUGACGUCGGAACGUUUAACCAUUACCGUAUUGUUCACAUAGAUUUCCUGCUGUUCAAUACCCAUUUCGUAGAUUGUACUUAUUCGAGGACUAUACCUCUAGAGCUAGAAGAUGCGGUAUCCUGUUUUAGAUAGAUCUCUUAUGUUCACGAUCAUUGCCGUGGCGAACUAGAUAGAUUGAUAACUAGUCCAAUGCAUAUACUUGAGCCUCAA